UAUGCUAUCUUUCAGAAAGCGGAAGUUGAUGGUAGUUUAAGUGAUAGCCACGUAUCUCCUCCAGCCAAACGCACUUUGAAACAAGCAGAUUCUGUUUGCAAAGACAAAUCAAAAUCACGAAGUUCUGGCCAGCGCGAGGAAUGGAGCAACUUACCCGGACAGGCCAGGUUAACUUCUCAGCCUGGUGCUACAUUACCAAACGGACAUAGUAGCUUAUCCCUUCGAAGCCAUCCCCAUCGUGGAGAAAAGAAGGGAGAUGGGGACCUCUCUUGUAUAAAUGGUGACAUGGAAGUCAGAAAAAGUUGCCGUUCCAGAAAAAACAGAUUUGAAAGCGUGAACCAGAGUUUGUUAUUCGAUCAACUUGUAAAUAGUACUGCCGAAGCUGUACUACAGGAAAUGGACAACAUUAACAUCAGACGGAACCGUCGAUCAGGAGAAGUAGAACGACUUCGAAUGUGGACAGAUACAGAAUUUGAAAACAUGGAUAUGUACUCAAGAGUGAAAAGGCGAAGGAAAUCACUAAGAAGAAACAGUUAUGGGAUACAGAAUCAUCACGAAGUCUCUACUGAAGGUGAAGAAGAAGAAUCUCAAGAGGAGGAUGGAGAUAUAGAAGUUGAGGAGGCAGAAGGAGAAGAAAAUGAUAGACCAUAUAAUUUGAGACAAAGAAAAACUGUGGAUCGAUACCAAGCACCUCCAAUAGUACCAGCUCAUCAAAAAAAGAGGGAAAACACACUGUUCGAUAUUCACAGAUCUCCAGCAAGAAGAAGUCAUAUCAGGAGGAAGAAGCAUGCUAUUCAUAGUAGUGACACAACUUCUUCUGAUGAAGAACGCUUUGAAAGAAGGAAGUCGAAGAGCAUGGCAAGAGCAAGAAAUAGAUGUUUGCCUAUGAACUUCAGAGCAGAAGACUUAGCUAGUGGUAUUCUCCGAGAACGAGUGAAAGUGGGUGCAAGCUUGGCUGAUGUUGAUCCGAUGAACAUUGAUAAAUCGGUGCGGUUUGAUAGCAUAGGUGGAUUGAGCCAUCAUAUUCAUGCACUAAAGGAGAUGGUAGUAUUCCCACUUUUGUAUCCAGAAAUUUUUGAAAAAUUUAAAAUUCAGCCUCCAAGGGGCUGUUUAUUUUAUGGCCCUCCUGGCACAGGCAAAACCUUGGUCGCCCGAGCAUUAGCUAAUGAAUGCAGUCAAGGAGACAAAAAGGUGGCUUUUUUUAUGCGAAAAGGAGCAGAUUGUUUGAGCAAAUGGGUUGGUGAAUCUGAAAGGCAACUUAGGCUUCUUUUUGAUCAGGCAUAUUUGAUGAGACCUUCUAUAAUAUUUUUUGAUGAAAUAGAUGGAUUAGCUCCAGUUCGCUCCAGCAGACAAGAUCAGAUCCACAGCUCUAUAGUGUCAACCCUCCUUGCUCUUAUGGAUGGAUUAGAUAACAGGGGUGAAAUUGUUGUUAUUGGUGCUACAAAUAGACUUGAUUCUAUAGAUCCUGCACUCAGGAGACCUGGUCGUUUUGACAGAGAAUUCCUUUUCAACUUACCUGAUCAAAAGGCAAGAAAACACAUCUUACAGAUCCAUACUAGGGACUGGAAUCCAAAAUUGUCAAAUGCUUUUUUAGGUGAAUUGGCUGAAAAAUGUGUUGGCUACUGUGGAGCUGAUAUCAAGGCCCUGUGCACUGAAGCUGCCCUGAUUGCCCUGAGGAGGCGCUAUCCCCAGAUCUAUGCUAGCAGUCAUAAACUGCAGCUGGAUGUCUCCUCCAUAGUGCUCAGCGCCCAGGACUUUUACCAUGCAAUGCAGAAUAUUGUGCCCGCUUCCCAACGCGCCGUGAUGUCUUCGGGACACGCACUGUCCCCCAUUAUAAGGCCACUGCUGGAAAGAAGCUUCAACAACAUCCUAGCAGUCUUGCAGAAAGUGUUUCCUCACGCUGAAAUUAGCCAGAGUGACAAGAAAGAAGAUAUAGAAGCUCUAAUUUUAGAUGAUAGUGAAGAUGAGAAUGCUUUAUCAAUUUUUGAGACCAGUUGUCACUCAGGAUCACCAAAGAAACAGUCAUCAGCUGCUGCUAUACAUAAACCUUACCUUCAUUUUACAAUGUCACCAUAUCAUCAGCCAACCUCGUACAGGCCACGAUUGUUGCUGUCUGGAGAACGAGGCUCAGGACAGACUUCUCACCUUGCUCCAGCACUUUUGCAUACUCUAGAGAAGUUCUCUGUGCAUAGGCUAGAUCUCCCCGCACUUUAUUCAGUUAGUGCCAAAACACCCGAAGAAUCAUGUGCACAGAUUUUUCGUGAAGCAAGAAGAACAGUACCUAGUAUUGUUUAUAUGCCUCACAUUGGUGAUUGGUGGGAAGCUGUCAGUGAAACUGUGAGGGCAACCUUUCUGACAUUGCUACAAGAUAUACCAUCAUUUUCUCCUAUAUUUUUAUUGUCUACCUCUGAAACCAUGUACAGUGAACUGCCUGAAGAGGUUAAAUGUAUCUUCAGAAUACAGUAUGAAGAGGUCUUGUAUAUUCAAAGGCCUAUUGAAGAAGACAGAAGAAAAUUUUUCCAAGAAUUGAUUCUCAAUCAGGCAUCAAUGGCUCCACCACGAAGGAAACACACUGCUCUUUGUGCUAUGGAAGUGCUUCCACUUGCACUACCUUCUCCACCUCGUCAGUUAUCAGAAUCAGAAAAAAGUCGGAUGGAGGACCAGGAGGAAAAUACUUUAAGAGAGUUGCGGUUGUUUCUCAGGGAUGUGACCAAGAGGCUGGCCACAGAUAAACGCUUUAACAUCUUCAGCAAACCGGUGGAUAUUGAAGAGGUUUCAGAUUAUCUUGAAGUAAUCAAAGAACCAAUGGACUUAUCAACAGUAAUCACAAAAAUUGAUAAACAUAAUUACCUGACUGCUAAAGAUUUCCUGAAAGAUAUUGACCUCAUCUGUAGCAACGCCUUAGAGUACAAUCCAGAUAAAGACCCAGGAGAUAAAAUAAUUAGGCACCGAGCUUGCACCCUGAAGGACACUGCACAUGCCAUCAUUGCCGCUGAACUGGAUCCAGAAUUUAAUAAACUCUGUGAAGAAAUUAAGGAAGCAAGAAUAAAAAGAGGCUUAUCGGUAACAGCAGAACAAAUAAAUCCUCAUGGUACUGGAGCUCGGAAGACAGAAACUAGAGUUGAAGAGGCAUUUCGGCACAAACAAAGAAAUCCAAUGGAUGUUUGGCACAACUCUGCAAAUAAAUGUGCAUUUCGAGUUCGGAGAAAAUCAAGGCGACGAUCACAGUGGGGUAAAGGAAUUAUUAAGAAAAGGAAAGUCAACAAUUUAAAAAAAGAUGAAGAGGACACUAAAUUUGCAGACUAUGAUAACCACACAGAGGACAGGAAAUUGAUGGAGAAUGGAGAGUUUGAGGUUAGCACCGACUGCCAUGAGGAAAAUGGAGAAGAGACUGGAGACUUAUCAAUGACCAAUGACGAAUCAUCAUGUGAUGUCAUGGACAUGGACCAGGGGCAGAGGCUUAACAAUGGAGCAGGAGCAAAAGAGAACUUUGCCUCCACCGAAGAGGAAAGUUCAAAUGAAUCUCUACUUGUCAACAGCAGCAGUUCUAUAAAUCCAGAACAGAUAUCUAGGAAAGAGCCUUUCCUUAAAGGAAACUGUUUAAAUGGUGAGGCCUCCACUGACAGUUUUGAAGGAAUACCGGCUUUGGACUGUCAGAAUGGCAAGGUGGAAGUAGUUUCUUUAUGUAGUAGCGGAGAUAAAUGUAGUUCUGAACAAAAGGUUCUUCCAGAGGACCACUCAAAAGAAAAACCAGAAACUGCGAAUGAAAAUCAUGGAGAUGAUUCUGAGAAACUAGAGGCACUGGAAUGCUGCAAUAGUGAGAAGUUAGAACCUGGACCCGAUGCGGAGGUUAAAGAUGCAGAACUGGAUAAAGAAGGUGCUUCUAAAGUAAAGAAAUACCGUAAAUUAAUUUUAGAGCAGACGAAAACAACAAGCCUGGAACUGGUUCCAGAAGAGCCGUCUGAGCCGGUGCCACCUCUUGUAGUUGAUCGGGAGAGACUGAGGAAAUUGCUUGAUUUAUUAGUAGAUAAAAGCAACAAUCUGGCAGUUGAUCAACUUGAGAGGUUAUAUUCUCUUCUUAGUCAGUGCAUCUACCGUCAUCGUAAGGAUUAUGACAAAUCACAACUUGUAGAGGAAAUGGAAAGAACAGUUCAUAUGUUUGAGACAUUCCUAUGAACUUUUCAAGAUGAGUGGUUUACCCUCUCCAAUCUGCUCCUGGCUGAGCAGCCUUCUGAGCCAUUCAAUUUCAAAUUGCACCAAUUAUGUGCAGAGCCUUGGUGUAAAGUGCUCUCUCACUCAUUCUUUCUCUCUGUUGAAUUUGGUGCUAUUGUCUCAGGUACCUGAAACCAACCAGCCUACAAGAACCAAACAGAACUUCAGAAACAUGUUGUAUUUUCCACAAAUAAAAAAUACAACCCCACAGCUUGGAGAUUUGGUGCUACAGAAACUGCUCUCGCUUCUGCCCCUCUUUUCAUGCACUCUCUUUUGGAGAUUCUCUCUUAGGGAGCAGACCAGCAAAUGCGAGGAAUCUGGAUGGGGCAGUUCUAACUGUGUCGGAUUGAUUGAACAGUGGGCAGCCUAUUUUUUUUCUCCUUUCUACCCCGUUUAUCAUAUCUUCUCCCCUCCCCGCAAUGGACUGAAACCUGUUUUAGAGUUGGGUAUGGUAUGUUAUGGUGGGAAACAGAAGAAACUGGAUGAAAUUAGGUUAGGCUCUUUAGAACUGCCUUUAAUGUGCCUUUUUAUUAUUCAUUUGAGAAAGAUAAGGCUUGAGGGGUGGGCUUAUUUGUAGCAAGUAAAUUAAAAUGUUUUCUUUGGUUACAACCUUGAAAGUAAGCUUUGAUACUCUGUGUCAUUAAAAGACAACCAGUGUUUUGGUAUUAAAUGCUUGUCUUGUUCUCAAAGCUCAAUUAAGACACCCAGUAAGCCACAUAAUAUGAUAAAAUGGUAAGAUUUCCGGUAUGGUCUGUUUCUGUGUAAGAAACAUGUAAUAAAACAGCAACAACUGGUAAUACACAGUCCAGAAAAACCCACACACGCUUCUUAACACUGCUGACAAUGAUGACCAGAAAAGAAGGGAAUAGUGGCCAUUCUUCCUUCUGUCGGUGGCAAUUUAACAGUUACUCGUGUUGAGUUCCCACAGAAAAAUGAUUUUCAUGUCUAGUAAACUGUUCCUGUUUUGUUUUAAAGCCAGGACUUGCCAAAUGGAUAGAAAAGAGAGGAAUUCGUCAGAAACUUCACAAAAAUUCAUUUACUGUAUGCAUAAUUACAAGUGAGCUCUGGUUUGGCCCUUGAAUAACAGUAUUAAUAGUUAAAUCCCUUCCCAUAAGUUUACCUUCACAACUCUUCAUGUGAGAGAGUGGAACCUCUUUUGGAUCUUGUCGAAUGAUUUCUGUGAAUUGUACUUACCUGAAAUUAAUGAUGGGUUACUAGUUUUACAAAAACGUUCUACACAUUUGGAGACACAGUCUAGGCAGUUGCAAAGAGGCAGAGGGAGUGCAGUGACAUUUUUUUAUCAGAUGCUUUUUAAACAAAAAGGUAGACAAUUUUGCCGACAAGUUGGCUUGAUGACUUCAUUCAUACAGCCGUUAGCUGCAAGUAUGUCUUUCCAAUAUAUGCAACAGAUGUAGUUUUGAGUUUUAGUUAGGGCAAAUGGUCUUGGACUACUGCAGAGAUACUGAGCUACCUCAGCUUUUCGUAUUUUAGUUACCAACAGUGUUUACAGAGUUCUGUAAGCACUUUGCCACCGUUUACAUGCUGAAGCUAAGGUACUUGUCUCCUUGUCUCUGGCUCUUGAAGUGUGUGGAAAGCACGCUUCGGCCAUAGGCUACUGCAGUAAUCCUAAGUGCUUCUUUGCAUUUACAUGAACAUUUAACGCCUUCUAAUCCUAGCUUAAUUUUUUAAAUGCCACUUGUUUUCUUUAUACCUAGUCUAUGAAGUUUUCAUAAUAUUCAGUCACAUAAUUCAAGAUGCUACCCAUGUAGACACACUGUAUUUUUAAGGUGGGCAAGUGCGAUUAACGAUGAACCAUUUUAAAGGGGAGGUUAUUUGAAGCCUCUAAUUUGAUUAUCGGGAGGAUUUUCAUGCUUUCUUUAGUAUUUAUUACCAUCAUACCAGUUCAGACUAUUUUACUGUCUAAUACAUUAGCAUUUUGUAUUUUGAUGGAAAUUGUUACAGAAUUUAAAAGAUUUGAUGAAAUAAGAUGUAGCAGAUUUUUUGUAGCAAGUUUCUGGUAGAAGGGUUUUUUGCAAGUCUCAGGUUCUUGCUGCACUAUUUUUUUUUAAAUAUUUAUUCCAGUUACUCUAAUUCAGAAGCAUUCUGUUCAAGUAACAGCAGCACUUGUGAAAGGAAAAACGCACAUGUUCUUAGUAGGUUACUAAAUUCGUACAAGUUAAUUAAGACUUUAGCCAUCAGUGAGUUUGACAAGGGAAAUUUAUUUAUGUUCAGCAUUAAAAUGCUUCCAAAAGAUCCUUUUAAAUAAUAUUAACCUUAAUGUAAAUGGAGAAAUCAGAGGCAACCUCAGUAUAGGAACUGCCACUUUGAACAGUUUGGGUCUUAAAGAGAAAGCCAGUGUAAUGCAGGGGGUGGGGGGAAACGUGAGCUGAAAUUGUACCAACUCCUGGUUCCCUUUCUCCCCAAAAGAAACACACUAUACCAGUUUUGCUUAUUUUACAGAUAAUCUGGUGGUUCUAUAGUUUAAAGCAGCUUGUGAAAUUAUCCAAGUGGACCCAAUUUUGUUUACCUUUCUGUAAGUUCUUAAUUUUUGCUGUAUAGCAUUGGCAAAAAUAUGUACAAAUUGACCUCUGUUCUUAUUUCCUAUUGUGAGCAUUAUAAAUGAUUAGCUCCUGUGUACAACCUUGUUCUCAGAUCA